GCCAGACUGCAAAGGAGUCAGUAGUGAAAUUACUUGCGUGAUGUUGUGUAGAAAUCUGCGAAAAAGGCACAUUUCAGACUGAAUUAGUGAUCAGUGAGGGGCCAUUUGGCCUGCAUUGUGUGCUGAGGACACUCGGGGGCUGCGUGAGUGGUGAAAAGCCCGGCAAAGCAGUGAAAUGGCGUCGUUUAUUGAGUCCGAAGCGGAGGAGAGUGAUCAGGAGGAGGAGUUGGAGCCGCACGAGCGCUCGAAGCUGAAGCGUCUCAAGGCUGUGUCGGAGAGCGAAGAGGAGGACGAAGAUGACAACAACCAGGCCGUGGACGAUCUCAUUGACGAUCGCGAGAUCGAGGAGGGCAGUGAUUCCGACGCCUCGGAAGGCAGACACAAGCGCAAGAAGAGCUACGAUGAGGACGAUCUGGAUGAUCGGCUGGAGGAUGAGGAUUAUGACUUGAUUGAGGAGAAUCUGGGUGUGAAGGUGGAGCGUCGGAAGCGCUUCAAGCGUCUGCGGCGCAUCCAGGACGAGGAGAGCGACGGCGAGGACAAGGAGGACGACGCGAGGCAGCGCCAGAGAAUCGCUGAGCGCAUCUUCGAUUCGGAUGAAGACGAAGGCGCGCCGGAGAGAAGUCAUCCGACCGCCGAGGCGGAUCACUUUGAUGAGGAAGAGGAGGAAGAAGAGUCAGACGCUGAUGACUUUAUCGUGGACGAUGACGGAGUGCCGAUCAGGAAGAAGCCCCGAAAGCCCAUCUUCAGAGAUGCAAUCCUCCAGGAGGGUCAGGAUAUCUUCGGCGUGGACUUUGACUAUGAUGAGUUUGAGAAGUUCGACGAUGAUGAGUACGAGGAUGAGUACGAGAUGGACGGCGAGGCGGACAGUGAGAAGCGACCGAAGAAGCAGGCUCGCAAGAAGACAAUGCGCAAGUCGAUCUUUGAGAUUUACGAGCCCAGCGAGCUCCAGCGCGGUCACUUCACGGAUCUGGACAUUGAGAUACGCAAGACGGACAUUCCCGAGCGCAUGCAGCUGCGCGAAGUGUCGAUCACGACGGUGGAUGCGGAGAAGUCGAGUGAGCUGGAGCAGGAGGCGGAGUGGAUCUACAAGCAGGCGUUCUGCAAGGAGCCAGUGUCCAAGCAGGACGUCUUCACCACCGAUGGACGCGACAGAGUGCGCAAGCCGCCGAGUGCGAUUGCCAAGAUCAAGCAAGCGCUGGACUUUAUGCGCAAUCAGCAGCUGGAAGUGCCGUUCAUUGCGUUCUACCGGAAGGAAUAUGUGAAGCCGGAGCUGAACAUCAAUGAUCUGUGGAAGGUGUACAAGUACGAUGCCAAGUGGUGUCAGUUGGUGUCGCGCAAGAAGGCGCUGAAGGCGUUGUUUGAGAAGAUGCGCGAAUAUCAGCAGGACAAGAUCAUGGAGAAUCCCGAUGAGCCCAUUCCCGAUGACUGUCGCUUGAUGCGCGAUGAUGAUUUGUUUCGCUUGGAGAUGGUGCAGACGCCGGAGGAGCUGAAGGAUGUGCAGAUGCACUUCUAUCUCUACUAUUCGCAUGAGAUUCCCAAGAUGCAGGAAGCGUGGCGCGUGAAGGAUCGCGAGAGGCGGAAGCAGCAGCGUUUGCAGGCGAAGAGGCGCGAGAAGGAGGCGCUGGAGAAUGGCGAGGACAUCUCUGAGAUGGCUGAUGAGGAUGAGGAGGAGAUGGAGCAGCCGGAGGAGUCGCUGAAGCAGGCGGGAGACGCUGGACCGUACACAAUGUGUCGCAAGGCGGGAGUUUGUGGCAUGGCGAAGAAAUUCGGUCUCACGCCUGAGCAAUUUGCUGAGAAUCUGCGCGACAGCUAUCAGCGUCACGAGGUGGAGCAGGAGGCGACGGAGCCGACUGAGCUGGCCAAGCAGUACGUCAGUCCGAAGUUCCAGACGCCCGAGGAGGUGCUGUAUGCCGUGAAGUAUGUCGUGGCCAGGCAGCUGUCCAAGGAGCCUCUGCUGAAGAAGAGUGUGCGUGAGAUUUACUUCGAGCGCGCCCGGAUUUCCGUGGAGCCCACGAAGAAGGGUGUGAAGGAGAUCGAUGAGAAUCAUCCGUGCUAUGGACUGAAGUUCCUGAAGAACAAACCCGUUCGUGACAUUGUGGGCGAACAGUUUCUGCGAUUGGCCAUGGCGGAGGAGGACAAACUGUUGACAAUUCAGUUCAGUGAGAAGCUGGAGGGAAAUACUUCUGUGCCGUAUUUGGAUGAGAUCAAGGCCCUGUAUCAGAAGGAUGAGUUUGCGAAGAAUGUCCAGGAGUGGAAUGCCAUUCGGGCUGAAUGUGUCGAAGUGGCGCUCAAUAAGAUGGUGUUGCCGGAUUUGCGGAAGGAGUUGAAAUCGAUGCUUCUGGCGGAGGCGAAGGAUUGUGUGUUGAAGGCGGCGUGCAGGAAACUCUGCAAUUGGAUCAAAGUGGCGCCUUACACAGCCUCAUUUCCCGAGGAGGACGAUUAUGAGUGGGAAACGGCGAAGGGACUGAGAAUCAUGGGCUUGGCUUAUGUUCCGGAUUACACACAAUCUGCAUUUUGUGCUCUUAUCAAUCCCGAUGGCGAAGUGACUGAUUAUCUGCGCUGCCCGAAUCUGCUGAAGCGGAAGAACGCGUCGUGGGAGGACGAAAGAGUGCUGAAAGAGGCGGAUUUGACUUCCAUCAAGAACUUCAUUCGCAACAAGAAACCCCACGUGAUUGCAAUUGGUGGUGAGUCUUAUGAUGCCAAGAGGAUUCGUGAUGACUUGUGGGAGUGCAUUAAGGAGUUGCGCGAAGAGGAGCAAUUUCCCUCGAUUGCUGUGGAGAUUGUGGACAAUGAAUUGGCGAAGAUUUAUGCGAAUUCACACAAAGGAAGUGCUGAAUUUCGUGAAUAUCCAAUUCUAUUGCGUCAAGCUGUGUCGUUGGCGAGAAAAUUGCGUGAUCCACUUGUGGAAUAUUCACAACUCUGCACUGCUGACGAUGAGAUUCUCUGUCUGCGCUAUCACACACUGCAGGAUCAGCUGCUGAAGGAGGAUUUGCUGGAGAAUCUGUACUUGGAGUUCAUCAAUCGCACCAAUGAAGUCGGUGUGGAUAUCAAUUUGGCCGUGCAGAAUCCACUGUAUGUGAAUCUGGUGCAGUUUGUGUGCGGAUUGGGACCGCGAAAGGGUCAGGCGUUGAUUAAGAUUCUGAAGCAGACGAAUCAGCGAUUGGAGAAUCGCACGCAAUUGGUCACGGCGUGUCACAUGGGCCCGAAAGUGUUCAUCAACUGCAGUGGCUUCAUAAAGAUCGACACGAAUUCCCUCGGCGACAGUACAGAGGCGUAUGUGGAGGUUCUCGAUGGAUCUCGUGUGCAUCCGGAGACGUACGAGUGGGCGCGGAAGAUGGCAAUUGACGCGCUGGAGUACGAUGAUGAUCAGAUGAAUCCGGCGGGAGCGCUGGAGGAGAUUCUGGAGUCACCGGAGAGGCUGAAGGAUCUGGAUUUGGAUGCUUUUGCUGUGGAAUUGGAGCGUCAGGGCUUCGGAAACAGGAGUAUCACGCUGUAUGACAUCAGAGCGGAACUGAAUUCACGCUACAAAGAUCUCCGGACGCAAUAUCGAUCGUCCAAUGCUGAGGAAUUGUUCGAUAUGCUGACCAAAGAGACGCCUGAGACAUUCUACGUGGGCAAGAUGGUGCUGGCCGUGGUGCAGGGCUUCACGUAUCGCAAACCACAAGGCGAUCAGCUGGAUCAGGCGAAUCCUGUGCGCAAUGAUGAGACUGGAUUGUGGCAGUGUCCGUUCUGUCUGCAGAAUGAGUUUCCGGAGUUGUCUGAGGUGUGGAAUCACUUCGAUGCGAAGACUUGUCCUGGUCAGGCGACAGGAGUGAAGUUGAGACUGGAUAAUGGGCUGCAGGGAUUCAUUCAUGUGAAGAAUCUGUCGGACAAGCAUGUGAAGAAUCCUGAGGAGAGAGUUCAAGUUGGUCAGACAAUUCACGUGAGAAUUAUCAAGAUUGACGUUGAUCGCUUCUCAGUGGAUUGCUCGUCAAAGUCAUCGGAUUUGCUGGAUAAGAAUCACGAGUGGAGACCCACGAAGGAUGCGUACUAUGAUCAGGAGAGUGAGGAUCAGAUCACGCGCAAGGAUGAUGACACGAAGAAGCAGAAGGCCAGACAUCACUACAUCACCAGAGUGAUCUUCCAUCCGGCCUUCCACAACAAAUCCUACACGGAGGCGCUGAAGAUCAUGGAGACGAUGGAUCAGGGCGAGGUGAUCAUCAGGCCGUCGAGCAAGGGAGCGGAUCAUUUGACAGUGACGUGGAAGGUCACGGAUGACAUCUACCAGCACAUCGAUGUGCGCGAGGAGGGCAAGGAGAAUGCCUUCUGUCUCGGUCGCAGACUCUGCAUUGGCAGUGAAGAGUUUGAGGAUUUGGAUGAAAUCAUUGCGCGCUAUGUCAAUCCGAUGGCGUCUUAUGCGCGCGACUUGCUGAACUACAAAUACUACAGAGACACGAUUCAGGGACUGAAGGACAAGGCUGAGGAGGCACUGAAGGAGGAGAAGGUGAAGAAUGCCACCAAGAUUCACUACUUCAUGUCCGCCUCGAAGAAUUAUCCGGGAAAGUUCUUGCUAUCGUAUUUGCCGGUGAAUAAGUGUAAGCAUGAGUAUGUGACAGUGACGCCGGAGGGCUUUAGAUUUCGUCAGCAGAUCUUUGAUUCGCUCAAUGCACUGCUGAAGUGGUUCAAGGAGCACUUUAAGGAUCCUCUGCCAGGCAAUACGCCACUCACGACGCCCAGAAUGUCACUGCGGACGCCGUAUGGAACGCCAGGAGGACAAAGUGGAUCCAAUUCCGUCAACACAGAUGCAAUCGCCAAGGUGGCGCAGAAUCUGCCAUCUCACAUGCUUCACUCCCUGUCGCAGGUCGCGAACCAGACGCCUCACUAUCCUCACACUCCAGGCGCUUACGCACAGAGUUCAUAUGUCAACACGCCGUACACACCGAGUGGCCAGACGCCCUUCAUGACGCCGUAUCACACGCCGCACUCGUCGCAGACGCCGCGCUACGGCCAAACGACGCCCACGAUGAAUGGGCCGUUUGCGCAUCCUGGCGCCCCGAUGAGUGCCUCGCAGCACUACCGCAGCGGCAGCGUGGGCAGCGGCGUGGGCGGCUACCACGCCGGCGGCAGCUCACAGCCGAUGGCCAAUCCGUCGCCGCACCAGCGCUAUCACGGCAGUUCACCGUACGUGCCGAGCCCGCACUCGCGCUAUGGCUCGCAGAGUGAGAAUCUGGAGUGGCAGCGCGCUGAUGACGCGUGGGCGAGAUCCAAGGGAACACCCGGCGGCACCACGCCACGCGAUCGCGCCGCAGCACGAGGAUCGAGCAGAACGCCGCGAUAUGAUGAGUAUCCGCAGCACGGACACGUGCGCAAGACGCCGCAGUACGACAAUGGGCGGCCGAUGAGUCGCUCUGGACGCUCGGAUUAUGGCAAGAGUCCCAGAUCGUCGCGCAGCUCGCCGAGGACAAACACUUCUCCUCGCUCGAUGACGCUGGGCGAUUCCACGCCGCUUUGGGAUGAGAAUUGAGGAUAAAGAAGGGGAGAAGAAGGAUUUUGCUAAGUGAGAGAAAUUCUAUAUAGUGAGUUUGUGAAUUUUAUCAAUUCAUAGGUCUUAAAAACAAUCAAGAAAUACACAGUUGAAUGAA